ACUUUUAGACUCUGGAUUAGGUCUAAAAUUGUAGACUCAGAAUGAUAUUUCGUCCCCCAAGUCGGUAUGUACAUCGUCAACUGUUGGUGAUAGCAUGCACCUCCUCUCUGCACCCGUCUUCAUCCUCGGAGCCUUCAGUUCUGGCAGGAAGCGCAAAUUCUUUUGAUACUGAGGUUCUAGCAGCCAAAGACAAUCUGCAACUUUCGCAAUUUAAGGAUGGCAAUUCUUCCCGUUCCUCGCGGAGAUCCCCACCACAGGAAUGGGGGAGGGAGGAAUAUUCCUCCCCAUGGGGUGGGGACGGGAAUCAUUUUCCCCCUGCGAAAUUUCGCAAGGAUUUUUUCCCACCCCUUUCCUUUGCUGUUGUUGCUGUCAAAUCCAUCUCCUCUGUUGCUGCUGCUGAAGCCAUCUACUCUGUUGUCGCCAGAUCCAUUUGCUCUGCCACUGUGCCGAAUCCAUCUUUUUUGCUGUUGUUGAAGCCAUCUACUUUGUUGUUGCUAGAUGUAUCUACUCUACUACAGCCGGAUCCAUCUGUUCUGCUACUACUGUCGCCAUCGGAGCCAUCUGCUGCUACUGCUGCUGCUACCACCGAACAGCUGAAGCCAUGUACGCUGCUGCUGCUGGAUCCAUCUGUUGCUGUUGCCACCACCGGACCCAUUUGCUACUGCUGCUGCUGCCGCUGAACAGUUGAAGCCAUAUGCUCUGCUGCUGCUGCUGGAGCUACUUGAUGUUAAUUGGAACCCAGAUCUGGGUUUGUGUUCAUGAACCCAAAUCUGGGUUCACGAACCCAUUGCUGGGUUUGUGUUCAUGAACCUUCCCUUCUCUUCUUCCUCAAACCAACCCCUUUCCUCCAUUUUACAUGUUGUUUAGAAUUUGAAACGAAAAAGGAAAAUAACAUUCAGUUGGAAAUCUGGAUUGGUAUAAAGUUAGAUCUUGGUG